CCCGCCCGCUCUGGGCCCAAUAUCCGGCGGCUGCGGGGUCAAUGAGGCCAGUGAGACUCAUGAAGGUGUUCAUCACACGCAGGAUUCCCCCCGAGGGCAGCGCCGCGCUCGCCCGGGCCGCAGACUGUGAGGUGGAGCAGUGGGAUUCUGAUGAGCCCAUUCCCAGAGAGGACCUGGAACAGAGAAUGGCUGGGGCCCAUGGCCUGCUCUGCCUCCUCUCGGACCGCAUAGACAAGAAGCUCCUGGACGCUGCAGGAGCUAAUCUCAAAGUCAUUAGCACAAUGUCUGUGGGUGUUGACCACUUGGCUCUGGAUGAAAUCAAGAAGCGUGGGAUCCGCGUGGGCUACACUCCGGGUGUCCUGACAGACGCCACAGCCGAGCUCGCCGUCUCCCUGCUGCUUACCACUUGUCGCCGGUUGCCGGAGGCCAUCGCGGAGGUGAAGAAUGGUGGCUGGACCUCAUGGAAACCCCUGUGGAUGUGUGGCCACGGCCUCUCACAGAGCACCGUCGGCAUCGUUGGUCUGGGGCGCAUAGGCCAGGCCAUAGCUCGGCGUCUGAAACCAUUUGGUGUCCAGAGAUUUCUAUACACAGGGCGCCAGCCCAGGCCUCAGGAAGCAGCAGAAUUCCAGGCAGAGUUUGUGUCCACCCCCGAGCUGGCUGCCGAGUCCGAUUUCAUCGUUGUGGCCUGCUCCUUAACACCGGCGACCAGGGGGCUGUGCAACAAGGACUUCUUCCAGUGGAUGAAGAAAACAGCUGUGUUUGUCAACAUCAGCAGGGGAGAAGUGGUAGACCAGGACGACCUGUACCAGGCCCUGGCCAGCGGUCAGAUUGCAGCUGCCGGACUGGACGUGACGACCCCAGAACCACUGCCUACUGACCACCCUCUCCUGACCCUGAAGAACUGUGUGAUCCUGCCCCACAUUGGCAGUGCCACCCACAGGACCCGAAACAUCAUGUCUGUCUUGGCAGCUGACAACCUGCUGGCUGGCCUGCGAGGGGAGCCGAUGCCCAGUGAACUCAAGCUGUAGCCACACGGGGACUCUGUGGACCAGAAAGCAAGUGGCCCUGGGCUUCUGUCAGAUGCGCCCUGGCUUGAUUGGACCCACAGGGUGGGAGCCAGAGGAAAAAGUCUGAUCUGUACCCAUUCUGCAGAGGGAAGACUGGUACUAACAGAUGUGCUGCACUUGUGUGGUUGGAAGCAUCCGAGCCCCAAGUGUGUAAUUCUAUUAAAUAAUUCUCGGAGACGUCUGGGCAUGUAACUGGGAGAAACUGACAAAAGCAUCUGCUUGGGUUUCCUAAGCCAGGGCCUCUAGUGACUCCAGGUUCUGCUUCCAACCCCCAUCCCCAGCCCUGAGCAUUUGAAUUCCUAGAACCUGUCCAAGCCACCUUCAGUUCAGUUGCUCAGUCAUGUCUGACUCUUUGUGACCCCAUGAAUCGCAGCACACCAGGCCUCCCUGUCCAUUACCAACUCCCAGAGUUCACCCAAACUCAUGUGCAUCAAGUCAGUGAUGCCAUCCAGCCAUCUCAUCCUCGGUUGUCCCCUUCUCCUGCCCCCAAUCCCUCCCAGCAUCAGAGUCUUUUCCAAUGAGUCAACACUUUGCAUGAGGUGGCCAAAGUAUUGGCGUUUCAGCCUCAGCACCAGUCCUUCCAAUGAACACCUAGGACUGGUCUCCUUUAGGAUGGACUGGUUGGAUCUCCUUGCAGUCCAAGGGACUCUGAAGAGUCUUCUCCAACACCACAGUUCAAAACCAUCAAUUCUUUGGCGCUCAGCUUUCUUCAGUCCAGCUCUCACAUCCAUACAUGACCACUGGAAAAACCACAGCCUUGACUAGAAGGACCUUUGUUGGCAAAGUAAUAUCUCUGGUUUUGAAUAUGCUGUCUAGGUUGGUCAUAACUUUCCUUCCAAGGAGUAAGUGUCUUUUAAUUUCAUGGCUGCAGUCACCAUCUCCAGUGAUUUUGGAGCCCCCCCCAGAAUAAAAUCUGACUUCAGUUCACUGUGUUCAUUGUUUCCCCAUCUAUCUGACAUGAAGUGAUGGGACCAGAUGCCAAGCCACCUUAGCCUCAGCCAAAAGGCGUCCAAGUUUCCCUCACUGAGGACAGGACAGUCACAGCCCAGUGGUGACCACAGCAAUGGGCCCUGCUACCUAGACCAUUAGGCAAAUUAAAUACAUGUGGCAAA